GUUAAGCAGUCCCAUAUCCACGAGUAGUUUACGUAAAAAAGAAUUGCAAUUCAGAAAAGAAGCUAGCUAGCUAACGUCAGUCAAAAAUAUUGAACACCACUGUGAUUCAACUGAUGGUUGGUCUUUUGGUGUAGCUCGCAUUCACGAGACCGAAAUGCAACGGUACUGCAGCUACAUUCAGACUAAUAAGUAAUCGUUCUCAUAGGUGUCCACCAUUCUUCAUUGAUGAACACUGAGUAAUUCACAACUGUUAUCUAAACUCAGUUACAUAUGGAACUUCUUCCAGUUCUUGAUCCACUCGACACACCAACAGAGGGCAUAUGGUAUUCUUUAAUACCAAGAGGCAGUGCACCAGGUGUUAGCGUUGGUCACACAUGUACUUUCUAUUCAUCUGGAAAUGGAGAGAAAGGAAAAAUACUCAUUGUUGGUGGCGCCAACCCUAGCGGCAGUUUCUCUUAUACGUAUAUAAUAAAUUUAGAUAAUUAUGAGUGGGACAUCCCCAAAUGGAACGGUUUGAAUGCCAGGUAUGAGCACUGCAGCUUUGUGCCAGAGAGUUGCCCGCACAGCCUGUGGUUGUUUGGUGGUGCACAGCAGAGUGGUAAUCUUCAAUGCAUUCAAAAUAUACAACUAAAGGAAAAUAAACCUUCCUGGAAAAUGGUUUCAGUUAAUGGAAAACCACCGAGUGCAAGGACAUACCACACGAACUCAGCCUGCCUUGGGGACAGACUUUUUGUCUUUUCUGGGGGAGCAGCAGGAACUAUGCCUGUGUUAGACUCUCAACUUUACGUCUUUGAUACAGUGUCUCUUACAUGGUCACAACCAGAAACUCAGGGUACACCCCCACCUGUGAGGCAUGGCCACAUAGUUUCAGCAGUGGGAUCCAGGAUUUUCAUUCAUGGUGGGAUGGCUGGUGAAAAAUUCUUCAGUGAUAUGUUUGCACUUAACACAGGGCCAAUGACAUGGGAGCAAAUCCAUACAAAAGGAGACAUUCCUCCAGCAGUAGCUGCACACUCUGCUGUGGUAUUAAACAGGAACAUUUAUGUCUUUGGUGGAAUGACUGCAGGCGGCGCCAGCAACUUCAUGUACAGAUUUGACACAGAUAAUAACCACUGGACAAAAAUGAUAUUUGACGGAGAUUUGCCACCAAAUCGUUUAGAUCACUCAAUGUGCUUGGUACCUUGGAAAGUUUCUGAGAAGACUGAAGAUGGGCAACAAGAUAUUAAGACAAAACACUUGGCAUUUGUUUUCGGAGGAAUGGACACUCAAGGAGUUAUCCAUGAUGACUGUAUUGUGACACUGGUAACAUGACUGUAUUAAAUGAAACAAAAAACAUAAACCAAAGUUCUUAAAAUUUAAAUGUUUAAAAUUAUCAAUAUGUAAAUUAGUUUCAUCACAUCAUUUUUCUUCCUUUGGACCACAUUAUGAUCACAUGACUGUAUUAAACAUGUACAUUCAUACUUAAUAAAUGGUGGAAAAUUGUAUUGAACAGAA